AUGUCCAAUCCAAGUUCAUCUUCAUUUGAAAAACGUAAAGAAAGAAGAAGACAAUCUAAAAAUAGAAAACUGAAUCAAGAAAAUCAAGAAGAUCCAGUUAAUUCAAAGUCAAUCAAUUCUGCUGAUAAAGAAUUUGAAAAUGAUUUAGAUUAUUUAUUAACUAGUACUGAAAAAGAUGCAAAUUCAUUAAUUAAAGAACAAGAAUAUGUUAUGGUUGAAUCAGUUGAUGAAAUUGUUAUUUCAGCAGAAAAAGAUAAGGAAAUUGGUAAAUUGAAACCGAAAAAAAUAGAAGCGAAAGGUUUUACAGUGGCAGAUAUAACCAAAGAUAUGGAAGGUUUAGAUUUUUCUACUGAUGAUGAAGGAGAAGGAGAAGGCGAAGGGAAAGAAUCAAGUGUUAAAGUUGAAAAAAAGAAACCAAAGAAUAAGAAUUUAAAGGAAGAUAAAGAAGUUGACACAGGGUCAAAAAAUAUACAAGAUAAACCAAAGCCAAGAAAACCUAGAAAUAGAAAUAAGAGAAAAGAUGAAAAGAAACCAGAUCAAGAGCAAGGUGGUGAAGAAAAUGAAUUACUUGCAACAACUGAAAUAAAACCAUUAGAAGGUAAAUCUAAUGUUAAUGAUAAACCAGAAAGUUCAAAGAAGAGAAAACCAAGAAAUAGAUCUAAGAAUGAUGAUACUGAAGAACUAAAAGAUGAUGCUACAACCGAAAAGAAACAAGAAAUUGUAAAACCAACAAAUAGAAGACCAAGAAAUAGAAAGAAGAAGGUGGAAGACGUAAAAUCUGAUGAAAAAGCUAUUAUUUUUAAAGAUGAAAAAGAAGCUGAGACUACAACAGAGCAAAAUUCUGAAAUUACGAGGGCCCCUGAAACAACUGAAACAAAAUCAAAAAGUAAAAGACCAAGAAAUAGAAAGAAGAAAACUGAAAAGAAACCAGAAUCGACAAAUGAAGAAAAAUCAGAACCACAAGCUGAAGCUGUUGAUAAUUUGUCUGCUCAAUCCGAAGAAAGCAAACCUGCUGAAAAGAAGAAAAAGAGUAGUACAAGAAAACCUAAAGCUGCAAAAGAUUCAGAAAAUCCUAAUGAGGCUAAAGAAACAGCUAAUGAGGAACGUCAAGUUACUACACAAGAUUUGGCUAAUGCAGUAGAUUCCAAUAAACAAGAUAAACAAGAUAAAUCAAAAAAACCUAGAACCAGAAAACCAAAAGCAAAAAAGCAAGAAGUUUCGAUUGAAGAUAACAAGGUAUGUGAAGAUAACAAAAUUAAUGAAAAUAAUGAUAGGAUAGAUGAUGCUAAAGAAUCUACUGGUAUGUUCCACCUAUUAAUAUCCAAUACUGACUUUAAUUUAGCAAGUAAAGGAAGUUCAAGAGGAAGAGGAGGCUUUAGAGGAAGAGGGAGAGGUGGAAGGGGUAGAGGAAGAGGUAAAGCCAAUCUUUCAACAACUAAAGCAUCAUCAAAUUGAUGAAAAUCCAUUUAAUAUUAAAUUAAGAUCUGUUAAAUCAUCAACUAAAAAUACAACAAAUUCAAUAUUGCCAGAACUUAAACCAAUUAAAACCAUUAUUGGAUUAUCUCAUCAACAAAUUUUACAUGGAGAUUUAUCAGAUGUUAAAAUUAAAACAUUGAUGAAUUCGUCAUCAGCUUCAAAAUAUGCUUCAUCAAGUAUUAAAUUCACAACUAAAUAUACUGAUGAAAUUUUUAAUAAAUUUGAAUUGAAGAAAAUUUUUAUUACUUUAUGUAUUAAUAUCGCUUUACAUGAAUCAAUCGGUUAUAAGAAAACAAUUCAAUUGUAUCCAAAUAUUCUUGAAUUAUUUAGUCAAUAUGAUGAGUUAAAUUUAGAAACUACUAGAACUCAAUUGACAAAAUCAAAUAAAUUAAUUCAUCAAAAUAAUUUAGAUUAUUCAGUUUUAUCAUAUUUUGGACAUAUUUUAAUUUGGGCACUUGAUCAACAAAGAAGAAAUAAAUUUUCAUUAUUUAUUGAAAAAUUUGAAUUAAAUUUAACUAAAAAGGAAAUUCAAUCAAAAAUUGGUGGAUUCCAUUUAUGGGAUAAGUUAUUUAGAGAAUUGAAAGGAAUGAAUUCAAAACGCUGGAAACACAUAAUUAAAUUUAGAAAUUUAUUUCCUUAUGAAGAAGAUCAAUUUAUGAUUAUAUUAAGAUUUAUGAAUAUAGAUGAGAAUAUAUAA